AUGGGAGACAUCGAGGCUCCCAGCUCAGGCGGCGCACCCUCCAGCCUCUCGGUUCUUAUGACGGUUCUUCCCAGCAAAGAGUUCUGCACCUCCAAGAAAGGCAUCCUGCUUAUUGGGGAAGUGGCCGUGUCCUUCUUGGCGUUCGUGUGCUUCGCUGCGUCUUUGGCUUCUGCCUUCGUCACUGUUCCUCUGAUUGAGUUCCUGGGAGCGCUAUUCAUACUUUUCGCUUACUCCACCAAAUUCAACGAGAGGUUCAAAGGAUUCCUAUGGCCUUUAAUGGAUUUCUUGAGGUGUGUGACAGCUUCCAUUAUUUAUUUCAUCGUCUCCAUCAUCGCCGUCUUUAAUUAUCGCGAUGGCUCCUCCAAAGCUGCAGGGAUUUUUGGGUUUAUUGCCACCAUAUUUUUUGCUUUAGAUUUUUAUAAAGUUUUUACAGAACUGGCAGAGUUCCUCAAACAUGGAGGAGAAUCACGGGAAGAGACAACACAACAAGAUAAAUAUUCCGAGUCUGAUGACGAUUCGGACUGA